AUGGCAUCGGAGGGCAAUGGGUUAAGGGGUCGAGGGGAACCUCUCCAUGCACCGUUCCAAUCUGACAUCUACUCCCACAGUGCUGUUCAGCAACAGGAGUAUUCUGCAACCAUCUGGCUGAGAAGUAGGGAGAAGCUAGAGAAGUCUCAGCAGAAGUGCAUAGCCAUUUUUGCCCUGCUGUGCUGCUUCGCUGUGCUGGUGGCACUACUGUUCUCCACCGUGGACGUGUGGGGGGAGGAAGAGGACGGCAUCACCGAGGAGAACUGUAACAGGCACUGCCGCAUUGUCCUUGUGGAGAACAUUCCAGAGGACCUCCCCCUUUCUGUAGAUGGUGCAACCCACGUGCCCCUUUCUGCAGGCCUCCACAGCCUGUUGGACCAGGCCAAACAUUCGGUGGAGGUGGUGUCUCCCGUCUGGAACCUCAACUCCUGGGACCAGGAGACAUCAUGGCCCAACUCUGCCAAAAAGGGCCAGCACCUAUUCCAGACACUGCUCCAGCUCAAGUCCAGAAAGGUGAAACUGAAGAUUGCCAGCAGUCUCCUAGACUCUGCUGAGGUGAAGAAGCUCGCCGAGCACGGUGCGGAGGCUCGCUACGUGAAUAUGAGCGCUCUGACCAAAGGCGAGCUGCACUCCACCUUCUGGGUGGUGGACAGGAGUCACAUAUUCAUCGGCAGUGCGAACAUGGACUGGAGAUCGCUGUCCAAGAGGAAAGAGCUCGGAGUGAUCCUUUACAACUGCAGCUGUCUGGCCAUAGACCUCCAUAGGGUGUUCAGCUUCUACUGGCAGCUUCAGCACCGAGACUACAUCCCGUCCAUCUGGUCCAAAAGAGUCACGGCCCUCUACGGCAGAGACAGCCCCGUCACCCUGUACCUCAACGACACCGAGGUCACCUCCUAUGUGGCAACGUCUCCAGAGCUCUUCUGUCCUAAAGAUCGGGCCAGGGACAUAGAUGCCAUUCAGGAUGUGAUUCAGCAGGCCAAGUCGUUCAUCUAUAUCUCCGUCACAGACUACCUCCCCCUGCUGAUAAGGACCUCUCCAGGAUCCGAGGUUUUAAGAUACUGGUCUCCCAUAGAUGAGACGAUACGUGAGGCGGUGGUCCUCAGAGGGGUCAAAGUUCGUAUGCUCAUCAGUUACUGGAAGCAGACCAACCCGCUCACCUUUAACUUCAUCAUGUCCCUCAAGUCGCUGUGCAUGGAGCUGGCUAACUGUUCCCUAGAGGCCAGGUUUUUUAGUAGGAGGGAUCAGGUGGAUGAUAGCCCAUCUGGAAUAAACCACAAUAAGUACAUGGUGACAGACAGCGCAGUCUACAUCGGGAACCAAGACUGGGUGGGAAGUGAAUUUGCCUACAACGCUGCGACUGGACUGGUGAUCAGGCCCACAAACCCUCUCAGGGAGGGAGGGGCCACCAUCCUGGAUCAUUUAAAGGCUGUGUUCGAAAGGGACUGGCAUUCGCACUACGCCAAAUCCCUACAUGCCACUGUCAAGACCAACGACGGAAACAAACACCGGCACCUCCGACAGCCGCAGGUCAAAGUGUGAACGGACAAGGAGGACAGGCUGCAGGGGGUGGCAUGGACCCCGAGCAAGAACGUUCUGCACAAAAGAACCAGCACUACCUUUAACAUGUCACGAAAUGGGUAUAUUAACUAGGAACAAAACCCGUCAGGCGUAGUUUGACUUGGUAAAUGUUUUGCUGCGGCUUGCAAUGGUGCGUUCGAAUGAAUACACUACGUGGCUUAUGACAGCCUGUUACGGAUGCUCCGGAUGAUUCUAAAAUCUGGUUAUGCAGUCCAAAUGAAUACACUCCAUGGCUUAUGACAGCCUGUUACGGAUGCUCCGGAUGGUUCCCAAAUCCGGUUAUGCAGUCCAUUGUAUGCAUUACUGUAAGCAUGAGCUGCAUGGAGGUCAAACAUAACAGACCAUUAAUGGGGUCAUUAUUUUCAGGACCUCUCUAUUGGAACUGACUUGUCGGAUUUGUUCAUAGGUUGAUCAUGCCUUUCCCCCCCCAAUAUUUCCUCAGUGUUAAAGCGGGACUCAGCCUUUUCCCACUUUUGCCCCGGUAAAAAGCUGAGGGAUGGGGCUGGGAUGGGGUGACUGACCAUUCAUGACAUCACCGUUAUAGUUUGAACCAGGUGUUGAGAGAGCAUUUGUUUACAUUACUAUUAAAGUUGAACAAGCUGUUAUUUGAGGUUGUCAUUGCACAAAAUAUUGAGACAUUUGAACAUUAUUUUGGUUAAGAACCAAUGGAUAAAUAUAGUUAAUUUAUCAGUCAAAAGAAUGUACAUAGCAAGUCCACAUUUUCCCUUUAAUGUUUUAUAAUAAUCUGUAUAAAGGCAUUACUACAAUAUACAGUGUGCUUGGCCUUAACAAUAUUGCACAUGCUUAUGAUGCUAUGUCACAUAAACAGAUAUAUAUAUUGCAGUAUUACAUGAUAGUAGUUGUGCAACUGCAUGAUGUGCCUUUUAAGGACACUGACAUAAAUGUAACAUCCCACACUUCCUUAACACACGCUUAAAGCCUAAAACAAUCACAAGCGCACAACAUGUAGAUCAUUAUGACCUGCAACAGAAGACCUCAUCCUCAAAGAGAAAAGCAUUAAGUAUGUAUGUAAUAAUGAUUAAUUAACAUGAAAGGAAUGUAGCCUAUACUAUAAUAGGCAUGUACAUUUAUGAUACAGUUUCGCCUUGUUGGUGUGUGAUAGAAUGCUAAGUGAUUUUAUACUUAGGCCUAACUGUAAUAAAAUAUGAACUGUACCUUAAGAAUAUUGACGCUCCUCCUUCCACUGUUUGGAAACAACUGGAAGUUGCUGGGGGACAUUAAUUAGUUUAUGAAAUGUGUUGUUUAUUUGGUAAGGUUAAAGAAAUAUUGUGUGCGUAGGCACUUGUGGUCUUGGGUGGUUACCCGCCCACCUCCUCGAGCCGGACUGAGCAGCAGUUUUGAGAUUAUAAAUAAAAUACAAAUGUAGCCUAGGCCUUUUGCUGAUUGGGUACAACAGGGCAUCAUCGCUGACAGGCCGACUGAACAAUUUGUCAAUGCCAAAGUAUGUGUGCGGAGUGUAGUUUUUUAAACAAUAGGGAGAUACAUGUAGAAGCUGUUUUUUCAUGUUAGAAUACAGCAUUUAUUUUGCUGAAAUAAAACGGGGUUGCAA